GUGUUAGGGAACAGCCCGAGAGAGUUUUUCCAAUGUUCUGUCAGGAAGGGCGCUUCUACCGGGCAUUGUAGAAAUAUAACUGCAACACACAUUAAUGUGAGGCACCGACCUCACGUUACAAGGCUACUGUGCGCAUGCGCUGUAACUCAGCCGACGCAUAUAUAUGUAGCUCAUCACACUUUGCUUGUGCUGUAAAGUGUCUAUAAAAGCGUCCGCAGGAACAGUUUCGCUAGCGUAGCAUAGCAUCAGAUGACUUAGCCAGCGACACACCGACCUGAAAUGAUAUGAAAGUGUGGCCGUGACGCUCACUUCGUGUGCCUCGCUCGACCAAUGUGGAAUGGGGGGAGAUUUUAAUUUGAAAAAAGAAAGUAAGAAAUACUCAUCGGUGGUGUACCGGCGCGUUUAUGAUAACCCGUUAGCUCAAGCUAACUAGCAGCCCGGCUAACCGGAACCCAGGACCGGCUACUCAGCACACUGACAGUCUGCAGCCAAGUAGAAAUCUGUGUACACUCGAAGCGAUGGACGCCGACUCAGAGAGCACCUCUGACCGAAUUUUGCUGGAGCCCUACAAGUAUCUGCUACAACUGCCGGCGCCUUUCAAGACACCCAAGGGAGCUUUACGAGAAUGAAGAAGACAAAUUGGACCAAACGGAUUGGAGGAACAGCGCAGGGUGAUAAAGCUGAGACUGUGAACGCUGGCUGACUAUAGGCCUGAAGCCUGCGGAAACAAAUGGGUUUCGAGGGCAGAUUUGAAUGAGUCCAUGAGUGAUGAGCAUAUUCCCAUUGAACACACCGUCAACAAGUUAUUGUUUUUAUAUGAAUAUCGUCGCUGCUGAUGACAUCUGUUGAUGUUGAGCUUAAACUGUGAAAUCUCAGGAAAGCAAGUGAGAACAAAACUCGCCCAGGCCUUUAACCACUGGCUCAACGUUCCAGACGACAAACUCCAGGUGAUCAUCGAGGUGACUGAGAUGCUGCACAACGCCAGCUUGCUCAUAGACGACAUUGAGGACAACUCCAAGCUGCGCCGAGGCUUCCCCGUGGCGCACAGCAUCUACGGCAUUCCCUCCGUCAUCAACUCGGCCAACUACGUCUACUUCUUGGGGUUGGAGAAGGUGCUGGUCCUGGAGCACCCUGAGGCCGUGCAGGUGUUCACCCGCCAGCUGCUGGAGCUGCACCGCGGUCAGGGCCUGGACAUCCACUGGAGGGACACCUACACCUGCCCCACUGAGCAGGAGUACCGCAACAUGGUGCUGCAGAAAACCGGGGGGCUGUUCGGCCUGGCUGUAGGCCUGAUGCAGCUCUUCUCUGACUGGAAACAAGACCUGAAACCUCUCUUGGACACGCUGGGCCUGUUUUUCCAGAUACGUGACGACUACGCCAACCUGAGCUCCCGGGAGUACAGCGAGAACAAGAGCUUCUGCGAGGACCUGACCGAGGGCAAGUUCUCUUUCCCCACCAUUCACGCCAUAUGGUCGCAUCCGGAGAGCACCCAGGUGCAGAACAUCCUGAGGAAGCGCACCGAGAACAUGGACAUCAAACGAUACUGCGUGGACUACCUGGAGAAGGUGGGAUCUUUUGCCUACACCCGUCAGACCCUGCGGGAUCUGGAAAUCGAGGCGUACCGGCUCAUUAAGGGGUUCGGAGGCAACCCUCAAAUGGAGAGCCUGGUCAAACAGCUCAGCAAGAUGCACCACGAGGCUGAAGCCACUGCACAGCCUAGCGGCGAGCCACACUCCAGCUAAAAAAACCACCGACCUCAUCUACGUUUCACUCCCACGUGACUCGCCAAGUAGAGCUGCAACACACACAGAAGCUUCUGCUUAUGCACUGAUGCAGACUUUACACAUUCCUGUAAGCUCAACACAUGCCGGCAUGUCACACUCACAAACUGUUGAGUCGCAGUGAGCACUUGAAUUCUGGCAGACGGCUUUGUUCAGCAGCCGCGGAGACGGCAGAGCGGUCCCAAAACGUUGCCUUUUCUUUUGUGUGCUAAAUGGUAUCCUUUGAGUGGUGCUUAAAGGUACACAUCCCUCUUUUUUUGUAAGUGUAGCUGUGAGGGGAGAGAAGGAAAUUAAUUAAAAUUGAAAACUUCUUACGGUUUUGGCUUUGUUUUCUGGAAACGAAAAAUACCAAGAUGGCAAAAAAAAAAAAAAAAAGCUUAAAAGCCUUUUGAUUUGCAGUGCAAUGCAUAUAAAUGAAAUGUAUUGAUGUAGGGCUGAGUGAAUGCUGUGUGCGUUUCCUAAGGCCAUUGUUUAAAAAAAAAUAAUACUUGGAUGUCUCAGUCGUAUGAUGUGUGAUUUGGGGAUCCUCAAUCAUUAAGCCGCCAGAGUGCCAACUGUUUAUUUAACAAAAAAAUACCCAAAACUGUUCAGUAGUCUUCUAAUGUAAUGCUUUUAAUACAACAUGCAUUAUAUGUAUUACAAUUUACCUCUGAAUAAUAUAUGAAUGCUUUUACGAUGCUUUGGCCGUAGCGUUUCCACCGUCAUCACUUUUCCAAUAUUCCUGUAGUAUGAUUCUGUUAUUAUUUGUUAGUCUGCUGCAGUUAAGGACUUAUAUUAUGCAUUUGCUGAAUAAAAAAACUUCAAAGAGAA